GCCUCUUCCUCUCGGUCCCAUAUUGAACUCGAGUUGGAAGAGGCGAGUCCGGUCUCAAAAUGGAGGUAAAACCGCCGCCCGGUCGCCCCCAGCCUGACUCCGGCCGUCGCCGCCGCCGCCGGGGGGAGGAGGGCCAUGAUCCAAAGGAACCAGAGCAGCUGAGGAAGCUAUUUAUUGGUGGUCUGAGCUUUGAAACCACAGAUGAUAGCUUAAGAGAACAUUUUGAGAAAUGGGGCACACUUACAGACUGUGUGGUAAUGAGAGAUCCCCAAACAAAACGUUCCAGAGGCUUUGGUUUUGUGACCUACUCUUGUGUUGAAGAGGUGGAUGCUGCAAUGUGUGCUCGGCCACACAAGGUUGAUGGGCGUGUGGUGGAACCGAAGAGAGCUGUUUCUAGAGAGGAUUCUGUAAAGCCUGGUGCCCAUUUAACGGUGAAGAAAAUUUUUGUUGGUGGUAUUAAAGAGGAUACGGAAGAAUAUAACCUGAGAGACUACUUUGAAAAGUAUGGCAAGAUUGAAACCAUAGAGGUUAUGGAAGACAGGCAGAGUGGGAAAAAGAGAGGAUUUGCUUUUGUAACUUUUGAUGAUCAUGACACAGUUGAUAAAAUUGUUGUUCAGAAAUACCACACUAUUAAUGGGCAUAAUUGUGAAGUGAAAAAGGCCCUUUCUAAACAAGAGAUGCAGUCUGCUGGAUCACAGAGAGGUCGUGGAGGUGGAUCUGGCAACUUUAUGGGUCGUGGAGGAAACUUUGGAGGUGGUGGAGGAAACUUUGGUCGUGGAGGAAACUUUGGUGGAAGAGGUGGCUAUGGUGGUGGAGGUGGUGGCAGCAGAGGUAGUUAUGGAGGUGGUGAUGGUGGAUAUAAUGGAUUUGGAGGUGAUGGUGGCAACUAUGGUGGUGGUCCUGGUUACAGCAGUAGAGGAGGUUAUGGAGGUGGUGGACCAGGAUAUGGAAACCAGGGUGGUGGAUAUGGUGGUGGAGGAGGAGGCUAUGAUGGUUACAAUGAAGGAGGAAAUUUUGGUGGAGGUAACUAUGGUGGUGGUGGAAACUAUAAUGACUUUGGAAAUUAUAGUGGACAGCAACAAUCAAAUUAUGGACCCAUGAAGGGGGGCAGUUUUGGUGGAAGAAGCUCAGGCAGUCCCUAUGGUGGUGGCUAUGGAUCUGGAGGUGGAAGUGGUGGAUAUGGUAGCAGAAGGUUUUAAAAUAAAACAGAAACGGCUACAGUUCUUAGCAGGAGAGAGAGCGAGGAGUUGUCAGGAAAGCUGCAGGUUACUUUGAGACAGUCGUCCCAAAUGCAUUAGAGGAACUGUAAAAAUCUGCCACAGAAGGAACGAUGAUCCAUAGUCAGAAAAGUUACUGCAGCUUAAACAGGAAACCCUUCUUGUUCAGGACUGUCAUAGCCACAGUUUGCAAAAAGUGCAGCUAUUGAUUAAUGCAAUGUAGUGUCAAUUAGAUGUACAUUCCUGAGGUCUUUUAUCUGUUGUAGCUUUGUCUUUUUCUUUUUCUUUUCAUUACAUCAGGUAUAUUGCCCUGUAAAUUGUGGUAGUGGUACCAGGAAUAAAAAAUUAAGGAAUUUUUAACUUUUCAAUAUUUGUGUAGUUCAGUUUUUCUACAUUUUAGUACAGAAACUUUAACAAAAUGCAGUUUCGAAGGUGUUUCCUUGUGAGUUAACACGUGAAGAAGAUCAUUGUUAAUUACUAUUUUGUAUGAAUUUUGCUAAAGUUAACUGUAAAGAAACACCUACUGACUUGCAAUUUAAGGGGAAUCUAUUCUCCCCAUUUCCAAAACAAUGAUGAAUGGGCGCUGACAUGUGGAGAGAAUAGAUAUUUGUAUGUUUGCAAUGUGUGUUUUAGAUAAUUAGAAUUGGGAAAUAAAAAAAUAGCAUAUUUGUGAAUUUAAUAGCAUUAAGAUUACCUUCAAAUGAAAAAGAUCUCAAAAGUUGCUGUUUGGUUUUUGUGCAUUUUCUUUCAAAGUGUAAUCAUGAUUUUAGUGUAUUAGAUUUAUUGAGUCCUAGCCAUGUUAAGAACAUCUCCAUUCCACAUUUACCUUGAUCCCGUUGAAACUGCUGCCAAUAGUUCGGGGUACAAAGUGUUCAUACUGCUCUUUACUCACCAAGGCUGGUAGAUGUAUGUCAUCUCCCAGUUUAACAUUACUUUCCCAUACAGACCCACAAAGUCUGCUGGGUCUGAGCAAACUGGUGGGUACCUGGUUUGCUUUUGCUUAUAAAGGUCUCAAGGCCCAUUGGUCUAGUCAUUUUCCUUGGUUAAGUGUCCCACACACACAGCUUUUCAGAGCAAAGGAAUAAAAGUCACUCAUUGAAACCCCUGACUGGCUGGCAUGCUUUCCUGUUUAUCCAUUUUGCUAGAUGAUGAAACAAAAUGAUAGUAAGGUGUUGUCCAAACAAAGCAGCAGAAGAUGUAGCACACACGGUUGCUCAGUGCAAGCACCUCACAGCCCCAAAUAUCUGAACUCAAAUUCGGAAUGUCUUAAAUCCCCAAAGAAGAACACAUGGUUAUUCUUUGUGUAUAUAUAUAUAUAUCUCUCAUUUUAAAACGUCGGGUGUGACAAUUUGUUUGGAGACCCUGUUUGAGAGGAGUUUCAGAUAAAAGGUCAUAUAUAAAAAUUGUCUACUGUUGCGCCAGCUAGUGCUGAACAAUUUCAUUCAAAUCCUGAGUAUGUGCCCUGCUGUUACUUCCUUUGGCAGUUGACCGUUGAAAUCAGAUUUUUACUUGGUUUUUAAAGUAUAAGCUAAACAAGCAAUAAAAGGGGGAAUGGGGCGUGCUAGUAUUUCAAUUUGCUCUCUUGUUGCUCUACUUCUGUGCCUCUGUGCAUUAUUAAUAUUUGGAUGCAUGCAGUGCUAGCAUGGAACUUUGGUCUUCACAAUUACUGCAGUUUUUCCAGAAAACACUCACACCAAUAAAUGUAACAGAACAUUCCAUUUGUUAAUGGGCAUAUGUGCAUAAGCAGUGUAGAAAAUAGGCUCAUGUUAGAAACUGGCUACAUCCUUCAUAACUAAAAGUGUGGUUAUAUGAAUGGACACUGUCAAUGUUCAUAGCUUAAACCUGGGUACCUGGUCAAAAUGCUUAGGAAACAUUAAAAUUGAGCUAAAUUGUCUCAAGUCCUUUUAUUCAUAUAAUAAAGAUUGAAGGGAUGGGGGGGAGGCUGACAUUUUCUGGUUUUGUUUGUGAAAUUGCUGGACACAACCUUGACAGUAUCCUUUAAUGUAAUGAGGUCAAUUGUAUUGUUAACCAUCUUUUUAUGUAUAAUAGUGAAAAAUUUACAGUAAGUUGGUGUUUACAACCUAUAAUCAGGUAAAAUCUGUAUGUGACCUGUUUAUAAGUUGUACUGAGUUAGUUUUUGUGAACUGUGGAAGAGUAAGCCAUGAGAGCGAUUUAACCAGCUUUAAAGGACAUAAGUUGUGCUUUUUAAGCACGGUGGAUCAAAGGAAAACCCACUAAGACAGGACUUCAGCAGCCAUUUGAGUAUGGACAAGUCAGCAUAAAUAAAGAAUGAGAAGGCAGCAGCAGCAAGAGCUUCAACAACAGAGAAGUGGAGGCAUAAGAUACUAUGAUGCUAGUGAGCAACUUCCCAAAAGCUAGUUAAAGCUGCUUAUUGCAACUGAAAUGUCGAAGAAAGUAGCAGGAAGGAGCUUCGCCUUUUGGAACAUCAAUGAGCUAGUUGCCACAGGCGCUAGGUCUAGCAUUUAGACCUGCAAGGAAGGGCAAUAAGCAUUAGGUAAGGCUUGAAUUUGAAUUUUUUCACUAAUUAAAUGAGUGCUUUUUUUGUAAAGCAAGGUAAGAGUAAUCUUUUUGAUUUGCAGGUGAAUGAGAACCCUACCUGCCUAACGAGGAAUGUCUUUCCCACACCUUAAAUACGAAGGUUUCUGGCUGGGUAAGGUUUGUAGCUCACAGUAAAAACCGAUGACACUGUUGGUUUCCCACAAGUCAAUGUCACAGUUGAGACACCCCUCAAGCUCAGUUUUGUUUUGGUGCCCAUUGAACAAAUUCUAAGACAUAGGCAGUUACAUUCUGCAAAGCCAUGGGUGUUUGUCAUAAGCUAGAUGUGCCUCUUCAUGUGUACAACUCAAUGUUCUAAGGUAAAGUCAUCCUUCAAUAAGGGGAAGUCAUGUUGGCUUUUCAAAAGUAAGUUUUUCAUGUAUGACUUUAAUAAGCUGUUCCCACCCUAAGAACUAGGAACUUUCACAGUUGUCAGAAUAAUUGUCUUCCUUAAAGCUCUAUAGCGUGUAAGUUUACUCUUGUGUGGACCAGUAGGGAUAGUCAAGUGUUUAGUCUUCUCCCCUAACCCAUCACAAACAGGGUCUCACUGUUGUCCUAGCCUGGAACUCAAUCCACCAGCCUUCUGUGUCUCCCAAGUGCUGGAGUUAAAAGGGUGGUGCCUGUAUGAUAACUCAAGUUCCUUUUUAAAAAAACAUCCAAAGAACAGUUGGGUUACUAUUCACAUAAUGUUGCUGGUUGUUCAUAAGGGCUAUUUCUGCUGCCCUGAAAGGGCUUAUUUGAAAAUUGCUUAAUUCAGGUUACUUCUUAAUAGAACAUUUUCAGGGGACAAAUCUGCAAAAUGUUUCCCACACAGGGAACAUCCCUGCAUCAACAAGUUUGCUUGGCAUUUAAGUCAGGACAAAGUUCACAGAAAUCAUAGUUACCAAUGAGGUAGCAAUCGUUCAAUGGUGGUUAACAGAUUGGAGAAAAUACAUUUGCUUAGGAGGCAUUUACAGUCCAUUUCCUUUCUGAAAUAAAGUUAUUUUACUAAUAUGGUUCCACUGUCAUUUCUGCAAAAACACUUUACAAUGGUAGAAGGGUAAGCAUAAAACAAAAGAGGCUGCCUCUGGUUUUGUUGGACCUGUGGGAUGCUGCUCCCAGUUUACAUGUCUGAAAGGUGUGUUCACAUUCGUGUAUAAAUUAGGGGACACAUGGUAAGAAAAAGUCCAUCUAGUAGGGGACUACAGAGAAAUGGGCUCGGUUUUUAAGGGUUCUGUUAAUGUCACAAUUUGAAACGCUCCUGACAAUAGUUCAGUAAUUGGCAUGGUAGCAAGCAUGCAGAUGUGCAAGGUGCUGUGAGGAUUGGUAGCCUGAGUAUUCAGUUUUAAACUUAACAUGUCUUCUAAUCUUUAUGACAGCAGAGGUGGUCUGUAAUUCAAUUGUUUUCAUUUGUAGCAUAAUGAAAUGUUACAGAAAGAUGACCUUUUCAUUAAAAUAUUUUUAGAAAUGUG